GACCCCCGGCCGGGCCCGGCUCUGCCCCUGACGCGCCCGGCUCGGGUUUCAGACCCUCCCCCAGACUCGGGCCCUCGGUGUUGGCGGGAUCCGGGUCCCCCCGCGGCCCCCGGCCUCGUAGCCCCCACCAUGUCCAAGAUGCCGGCCAAGAAGAAGAGCUGCUUCCAGAUCACCAGCGUGACCACGGCGCAGGUGGCGAGCAGCAUCACCGAGGACACGGAGAGCCUGGACGACCCGGACGAGUCCCACACCGAGGACGUGUCGUCCGAGAUCUUCGACGUCUCCCGGGCCACGGAUUACGGCCCGGAGGAGGUGUGCGAGCGCAGCUCGUCCGAAGAGACCCUCAACAACGUGGGCGAAGCCGAGACCCCCGGCACCGUCUCGCCCAACCUCCUCCUGGACGGGCAGUUGGCCGCGGCGGCGGCGGCGGCGGCGGCCAACGGGGGAGGCGCUGUUAACCUCCGGAACGCGGCCGCCCCCCCGGGGCCUGCGGCCGCCGCCCCCCACGCGGCCGCCUCGGCCGCAGGGCUGGUCAGCGGGGCCGCGGCGCAGACCACCGCCACCUGCGGUUCCCGCUUUCGGGUCAUCAAGCUGGACCACGGCUCCGGGGAGCCCUAUAGACGCGGGCGAUGGACGUGUAUGGAGUACUACGACCGGGACUCGGACAGCGCUGUGCUCAGCAGGACCGGGGACUGCAUUAGGCACAGCACCACCUUCGAGCCCAGCGCCGAGAGGGACAGCGGCCUGGGCGCCACCGGCGGCUCCGUGGUGGUGGUCUCGGCCGCGCAGGCCACGCAGGGCUCCGACCCUGGCGGCGACGGUUCCCUGGCUGCCGUGUCCCAGGCGCUGCAGACGGAGAAGGCGCACCCCCAGCCCGCGCCCCAGUCCCAGCAUUUUGUGGUUGGGCAGCAGCAGCAGCAGCCGCAGCCGCCCGUAGGUGGGGCUGUGCCCCCGAGCCCGGCCCAGCCGUUGUUCUCCGGCCCGGCGGCAGGGCCCCCGCAGCAGAGCGCGUCCCCCGGAACGGCGCCCACCGUCGUCUCGGUGGGACACAAUGGGAAAGGCCCGCAGCCCCCGCAGCAGGUGCAGCCCGCCGGGGCGCCGGGGACCCCGCCCCAGCCGUUUGCUGCUUAUCCUCAGCCUCCCAUGGCUGCUGGGCAUCUGCUGCCAUCCCAGCCUUCUGGCCAGACCGACUACAUGCAGCACAUGGCAGCGAUUCAGCCCCAAGGAAGUGUUCAGCAAGCUAGCACGGCCUCUGUUAGCAGCGCUGGGACGUCCAGUCUUCCUGUGGGUCAGGGCAGCGGCCAGAAUGCCCCCUCCGUGGGAGUACACUUGGUGGGAGGACCCUCCCAGUCUGGAGAAGCCAGUGGCCCGGCCAUGUGCAGUCAGGCUGCCAUCCCGCAGCCCGGGGCUGGGAUGCCCCCCAAAUCCGUGACUCAGCUUCCAAUGGGCGGCAGCAGCCAAGGGGCAGCAGUGCCUAGUGCCUCGCUCGCCGUGGUCCCCGGAGGUGCGAGUGUGCCUGCGGCCGUGCCAGGUCCCAGUGUGCCUAGUGUGUCUACUACUUCUGUUACUAUGCCAAAUGUCCCUGUUACUCUAGUCCAGUCCCAGCUGAGCGGCAGCCACACUUCGGGCAGCAGAAGUUCCAGCGGACUUCCCUUGAUGCCAGGCACGUCUAAUGUUCCAGCCAGUCUGCCGCAGGCCAAUCUAAGCCAGUUUCAGACUCAGACACAGCCUCUAGCCGGACACGUUGAUGAGACUAGAAGAAAAUCAGAACCCCUACCUCAACCACCACUUUCUCUCAUUGCUGAAAAUAAACCUCUUGUGAAGCCUCCCAUUCAGGAUGCCCUGGCAAAUCCCCUUUUGCCUGCAACGACUCCUAUGAACAGUCUGGCCAGCUCUGUCUUAGGUAUUUCCAUUCCUGUUGAUGGCGAUGAAGAUAGGAAUCCUUCAACUGCUUUCUACCAAGCGUUCCAUUUGAACAAGUUGCAGGAAUCAAAGACCCUCUGGGAUAGUGCAUCUGGGGCAAGUGUCGUAGCCAUUGACAACAAAAUAGAGCAGGCCAUGGAUCUGGUGAAAAGCCAUUUGAUGUAUGCAGUAAGAGAAGAGGUGGAAGUGCUGAAGGAACAAAUAAAAGAAUUAGUUGAAAGAAACUCUUUACUUGAACGAGAGAACGCACUGUUAAAAUCUCUUUCAAACAAUGAUCAAUUAUCCCAGCUCUCCACCCAACAGGCCAAUCUUAGUAGCACUUCUCAACAGCAGACAGUGAUAGCACAGCCUCCACAGCCAGCGCAGCCUCCUCAGCAGCCGAAUGUGUCCUCAGCCUAAAGCUUUCUCGCCUCAUUAAGACAAACCUGAAAGCAGUCUGUCCUGGUGUGCCACUGAUGUUCUCUCCACUUUAUAGCCACGUGUGUGUUUGGCCUUUUCAGUAUUAGACAAUCAUCCUCCAAGAGCUAGUCCUCACUUUGAGAUGUCAUGCCGCACAGUCGAUGUUCAGUUGUUUGUCAUCAGGACACAGGGAAAGGCAUAGAUGAGGGUUAUUAAAGCCAGGAAAGUCUGCCUGUGACCUGGUGCGCAUGAGGGGGCGGGGUCUGUAAGAGCUUGGGUGGCGCUCAGUCUCCUGUUGUCCAUGGAUUACCUUGAGCCUUCCUAUCUUGUUAGAAGUAACCAUUCAUCUAAUGAGCCGCCAUUCUUUCAAUGGAAGUAACAUUUGCCUACAUUAGUUUUCAUUUCUUUGUGUUUUAUUUAUUACAGGGCUGCUAUUUUCAUAAUGUACAUGAACAAUGUCACAGAACUUUUUCUUAAUUUUUUAAAAAAAUAAAUGUAAGUAUCAGUAAAGGAAUUGAUAGACGGGAUUGCAUUUACUAGAUAAAACGUUUAGGCAAUAAUUGAACAAAAGAAUCCUGGCAUAUUUCUAACACUAAUGGCAAUUUACCUUUGGUAUUUAUUUUCAGUAGUAAAGACCCAGCUUGAAUGUAAAUUUUGUAUAGUGUAAGUAUGAAGACCAUAGUGCAUCUGUACAGGUAGUCACCAGUUAUUGUGAUAUAAUAAAUAAUUGAUGGGCUAUUUUGAUGAAGAAAACUUUGCUCAUUUCUGUUUCUACUUUCUAUAGAGAAAUUGCCAUGAUUCCUCUGCUUUCAACAUUUCGUAUGACCUUUUUUUUUUUUUUUUUUGGGUGGGAAUAAAAAGCUGUGAAAUUGUUCAACCUACUUUGUAACCAAAGAAGCAAAGCUGUGUAAUGGAGUUUUUUUUUUUUAUAAUGCACAUUCUUUAUGUAUUUUUUAUUUAGUGUUUUCUCAUUCACAAUUUUCUUUGCUGUCUAGCAUGAUCUGCAUGACCUGUAAUCUUUGAACCACUUUCGUACCUCAUGUUUUUAUCCAGCACUCUUAUUGUAAUAUGUAUUAGUCUGUGAACAAUGUCAAAGAAAAAGAACGAACAGCUGGUGUGGGUGGAGCUGAGCUAGUGUACUAUGCACUAGGAGAAAAUGAAGUGAGCCAUCUUUUGUUCAUUUAAAAUGGUGUUUUGAAUUUCGUAUGCAGAAAACGUUUUGUUACAUUGCAGAUUUUAAUGUAUUUAAUAAAUGCAACAUGCAGAUUAAGUGCAGUGUAUACUGAGUAUUUAAAUUAAAAAUGUACAUUUCAUAAAAUACAGUUUCAA